ACAUCUGUUGUUAUUGUUUUCUUUUCUUAGUGCAUUUGAAUUGUGGCAAAUUUGUGUUAAUUUUCCUAUAAUUUUCUAAUUAUUAAAACUAAACAAAUAAAAUGUUGAAAAAACCAAAGAACAAACAAAAAACGGUGGCAGAAAAAAUCGCCCAAACUCUUAUGCAUCCAAAUGAAAGUGGUAGUGACAGUGAUUCCGCCGAUGAAGCAACAGCACCUCGCGUUAUAGAAUACAAUGAUGAAGACUAUGAAUUGCCUGAAGCUAGAAGUACGGAAUUUAGGAAACGUAAUGUCAAAUUGUUAUCAGAACAAAGUGCUAAAUAUAAAGGAAAAAUAGUAUCAAGAAAAGAUUUUGAAAGUGAAGAAGAGGAUGACAUAGAAGAUGAAGAACUAGACGAGGAGGAGGAAGAAGAAGAAUAUGAAAACUCAGAUUCUUCUGAUAACGAGGAGGCAUUAAACGCUUUUAGUAAAGCUUUAAAGAGUAAGCAAAACAAAAAGGAGACAAGUGAAGGGAGUGAUUUAGAAGAAGAGUUUGAAAAUGAGGAUGAACAAGAGGAUGAUGACGAAGCAGAGGAUCAAGAACAAGAUUCUGAGGAAGAGCAAGAUUCUGAAGACGACGACGAGAGUGAGAAUGAUGAUGAUGAGGAAACAGAAGUAAUUAGUAAAGUUAAUCAUGAAGCUGAAAUACAAAAAGGUUUAUGCGUACAAAAUCAAUUGCGUAUAUGGGAACGUUUAUUAGAAUUGCGUAUAAAUUUACAAAAAAUUCUAAAUAAAACCAAUCAAUUGCCUGAUCCUGAAGAACUAAAAGAUUUAGAACAUAAAAACAAUAAAUAUAAGGAAUUGCAACAAACAACAAGCAAACAAACUUGCCAAUUAUUGCAAAACCUUAUAUCGCUAAAAACUAAUCUCUGCACUCAAUUCUCCGAAGUAGACAAGGCUAUGAAACCUUGCCUAAAAAGACCUUCACCAUUUAAAGAUUAUCACAAAGGCGAGCCACCUAUGAAACAAGUUAGUUUAUAUUUAGAGGAAAAUUUUGAAAAUUUCCGUCCUUAUCGCAAUGAAGUUUUACUCAAAUGGGAUGAUCGUACAAAACUUUUAACACCGGGGGCUGGUAGCAAAAAGAAAACCUUUAAUGAGGAAUAUGAUAUUAUCAAGAAAAUUGAUAAUGCUUUAAUAAAUAAAUCAGUGCUUAAGGAAAAGUCACAACAGUUAAAAAAUUCCACACAAGCUGUGGAAGCAGAAGAGGAAAAUAAACGUAAUCCAAAUAUAUAUGAUGACAGUGAUUUCUAUCAUCAACAGUUAAGAGAAUUGAUAGAAUAUAAAGCAAAUACCACUAGCAAUAUGAGUGAAGUGACAAAACAAUUUUUGGAAUUACAAAAACUAAGGCAAAAAAUGAAAAAGAAGGUGGAUACCCGAGCCAGUAAAGGCAGGAAAUUGCGUUAUAUUGUGCAUAACAAAUUAAUUAAUUUUAUGGCUCCCCAUGAUAAUUCCUCCUGGACUAUGGAAUCUAUAGAUGAAUUAAGUAAGUCUUUAUUCGUGUAAUUACGCUUGAACCAUUAUAUGAAAACGGUUAAUAAAUUUAAAGAAAAGUUUUGUAUUAAUAUAUUUUAAUAUUUAA